CGUUCCAUACUUGCUUUGAGCCACUCUCAUCACACUUGAAGUGAUCAGAUUCGGAAGAACAUUCAACCAUAUCUCACUUUUUUUCUUUUUCUUUUUUGGUUUUCGAUCCGUUUGAGUUUUCCGGUGGUUCAUCUCCGCCUUGGUUUCCCGUCGGAAGAGGAGGGAGAAGAAGCAGUUGAAUGCGGUGAAGCAACAGGCAGGGCAGGACCUACUGCUCAAUAUUAUCCAGUAGCAACGGUCAGCGUCAAUGAUUUGUGUGGGUGGUGGUGCCUCAAGCCUCAUUAUGAUCCACCUAAUCACAUUUAUAACUGCUGGAUCUUGAUCUUCCUCAACAAGCUCCCCUCAUUUCAUUUUCUUUUUCAUCUGAAAAGAGAUUUGGACGUUUGGAGACCAGGAGCCCGGACGGUGUUGUGAUUUGUCAUCCAUCUGAUCAACCGGAGCAACUCAGUCGUAUCGUAUGAAGACACCUCUCACUCUGGUGGAUGUUCUUCUGUUGCUUGCAUUGUUUUGUAUUUCUCCAUGGGUUGCUGGGAGUAGCAGCUCUUAUUGCAAGCUGACUAAUACAGGAGAAAUUCGACCCCACAGUGUCUCUAUCACUGAUUUUGGGGCAGUUGGAGAUGGUGUCACUCUCAACACAAAAGCAUUCCAAAAUGCUAUUUUCUACCUCAACUCUUUUGCUGACAAAGGUGGUGCCAAGCUUUUUGUCCCAGCUGGGCGUUGGUUGACAGGAAGCUUCGAUCUUAUCAGUCAUUUAACUUUGUGGUUAGAUAAGGAUGCUGUGAUUCUUGGCUCAACGAUCUCUGAUGACUGGCCGAUUAUCAAACCACUGCCAUCAUAUGGUAGAGGACGCGAGUUGCCAGGUGAACGACAUCGAAGCCUCAUCUAUGGAUGCAAUUUGACUAAUGUUGUCAUCACAGGUGAAAAUGGAACCAUUGAUGGACAGGGUAGCAUCUGGUGGGACUGGUUCCAUAGUAAAACGUUAAACUAUACGAGGCCGCAUUUAGUUGAAAUUAUGAAUUCAACUAAUGUUGUAAUCUCAAAUCUGACAUUCAAGAAUUCACCCUUUUGGACCCUCCAUCCUGUAUAUUGCAGCAAAGUCCUUGUCCAGAAUGUGACAAUCCUUGCACCAUCUGAUUCUCCAAACACCGAUGGUAUUGAUCCAGAUUCUUCAUCUGAAGUUUGCAUUGAAGAUUGCUACAUUAGCACAGGCGAUGAUCUAAUUUCGAUCAAGAGUGGGUGGGAUGAAUAUGGUGUUGAGUAUGCUCGUCCUAGUACGAACAUUACCAUUCGAAGGCUCACUGGGCAAACUACUAGUGCGGGAAUUGCAAUAGGAAGUGAGAUGUCUGGAGGCGUGUCAGAAAUUCUUGUAGAAAACAUCCUAUUUUUCAACUCGAACAUGGGUAUCAGAAUUAAGACGUCUCCAGGAAGGGGUGGUUACGUGCGGAAUGUUUACAUAUCGAAUGUGAGCUUGAUCGAUGUAAACGUAGCUAUAAGGUUCACUGGUAAGUAUGGUGAGCACCCAGAUUCUGAUUAUAAUCCAAAUGCUCUUCCGACAGUUGAAAGGAUCACAAUUAAACAUGUUAGUGGGGAGAAUAUUAAAACAGCAGGCGUUUUAGAGGGCAUAGAAGGAGAUGAUUUUCAUAAUAUUUGCUUAGCCAAUAUCACGCUUAAUGUGAGCUCAAUGCACCAAUGGAACUGCUCGCAUGUGCAAGGAUUUUCUGACUUUGUUUCUCCAAAGACAUGCCAUUCUCUGAGGGAAAGAAUUUUUCCCCAACAUAUUUCGGAUUGUUAUCAGCCACCAAAUUUCAUUGCUCAGAUGAGUUCAACAUGGACCGACUUCAUCGGGAUGUCGAUUGCUUUGCCUGAUGAAUCAAGUAAAAGCUAAGAGCUGUGUGUGGCUGAACACUUUCAAAUGGCAGGUACACAAUCAAAUGUUAUUUGUUUUCUGGACUUGGUGUGCAGCAAAGUUAAUAAUGGAGUGAUUAAUUAGAAUAUGUAUAUAGAGAGAGUUUCUUUUCACACACAUUUGCAACCACACUUAGAAUACACAAAAGUUAGUGUGGGUGUAAUGUAUGAACUGAGUUUCUUAAAUGAUAGCUGAGCAAGAUUUCUUUGGGAAGAAGAAUUCAGUAAUAGCUAUUC